AUGGAUGCCACGCGUGGGGCUUGCGACGGCCCUCGCCCUGAGGCGUCUCCUCCCCCUCUGGAUGGCCCCAAAGGGAGCGAGGCAUUCUCUGCGAGUCCGUCUUUCGUGUCGCGGUUCGCCUCGCAAAACGCACAACUGGUCUCCUUUCCGUCCCUCCAGAGACAGCAAACGGAACAACUCGUGAAGGCGCUCGACUUCCACGUCUACCUGUGGGGACUGAACGACAAGGGACAGCUGCUCAACGGCGCCUUCGGCCUCGCAGCCUCUCCAGAGACACCCAAAAGCACAGGAGAGAAAGACCCAGAGAACGAGGGAGGGGACGAGAAAGCGAGCGCGGGAGAAGAGGCGAGCGCGACGCCCGCCACAGGGGGCCCCAGUCGUGUGAAGAAACUUCAGCAUAAGACGAUUGCGGGGAUGAGUUGCAGCGGCGCAAACACAUUCAUUUGGGAUUUUCACGACUUGCUCUGGGCCGGCGGCAGCACGGAGAUCGGCCUCGAGCUCCUCGGCAUGGACCUCGACGACGACGGCAGAGGCGACGGCGUUGUGCCCAGAGCGUCGUUGUGCGAAACCCUAGGGGAUGUGAAGAUGGUGGCGUCUUCCAACACACACGCCGUCGCCGUUCUCGAAAACGGAGCUGCCAUCUCCUUUGGCUCGAACGAAUUCGGCCAGCUCGGCCAGGGUCCAGCUUCCGUGCAGUUGGGCGUUUCGCGUCCCCGCCUGAUGCUCCUGCAUCCGGACUCCGCGCGAGCGACGCAAGGCCAAGUCUCUUUCACGACCGCGACAUGCGGUGAGAACUUCUCGGUCCUUCUCAGCGCCACCGGCGUCGUCUUCGCCUGCGGCGACGGCAGCCACGGCUGCCUUGGCCUCGGCGCCCGGGCGUCUUCCUCUUCGGCUUCUCUGGCCUCGCAGUCUUCCACAGACGCCCCGUCUCCAGCGUCGCUCGCCCUCUUGUCUCCUCUCUACGCCGUCCCGAUUCGCCAGGUAGCUGCAGGUGCGCAGCACGUCGUCGCCUUGACCAUCAGCGGCGCCGUCUACACCUGGGGCCGGAACAAGGACGGGCGGCUCGGCCUCGGAGACGCCUACGCGCACGCGCGCGUCGUCACUGUCCCUACGCGCGUGGAGCACCUCGGGCGGCUGGGGAGACGCGUCAAAUUCGUCGCUGCGGGGUAUAGCCACUCCGCAGUUCUCCUCACUGGCGGGCGGGUGAUGACGUGCGGCAGCAACUACUACGGCGAGUUGGGCCGCGAACCUUACUACGAAGUCGAAGCAGACCAAGGCGGGAAGUUGAAGCGAAGCGAAGACUUUUUCCUCUUCAGCUCAACGUUCCUCCCGGUCGUCGCCCUCGCGAACCACCGCGUGAAACUCAUUUCCCUCGGCCAGCACUUCUCGGCGGCUGUCACCGCCUCGGGGAAACUGUUCUGUUGGGGCCGGAACGACUUGAGGCAGCUCGGCGUGCCGUGCUCGAGUCCGAUGCUUCGUCUGUCUCCGUCGGCUGCGGAAGUCACGCCCGCGCUGAAAAGCGACCCUGGAAAAAAAGCUGGCGACGCGCACGAGCAGGUUCCUCCAGCGGGCGGCGGUUCAGAUGCGGGGCAUUCCCAGAACCCGGCGGCUGAGAGAGAAGCUCUCGCGGACGAGCGACAAACCCAACCCGAGAGUGCGCAAGAUGCCUUGGCCUUGCUGCAUCCGUCCCUGCCGUACGCGUCGACUCCACUGCUUCUGCAGGUGGAAAACCCAGAUUUGUUUUUUUACUUUGUUGCAUGCGGCGACUUCCACUGCGGCGCUGCGGCGGUUCCAGCGAGCGUCGCUGCUGUCGGGCAGCGCAGUCGCGGCCGGGACGACUUGCGCCCGUCGUCGAGUGCAGUUGCGGAUUUACAGCCGUUCUUCAAGUCGAUCUUCUGUCGCUCGCAGUCCCUUAUUGGCUGCGAGUUUCCGCGGCAUUCGAUCUCUCGAGGCCUCUCGAGUCUGGGGCCGGGGUCGUGUCUCGCGCAGGGUUCGUUCACGCGCAACGCCUCGUGGUUGCAAAACCAGACGCCAGGCCUGGACGUCGAGCGGCACCUGUCGAGCUCGGCGAGUCUCGCUGGGUCCUUCGAGGAGUCGGCGGUCGCGUCUUCGUCCUACCUCGCCGGAGUGUCCGUUGAGGAGUUUCUGAUGCUCAUUGAGGGGAGCCAGAGCACCGGCGACGCGGGGCUGCUCAAAUCCAAGCUCGCCCUCGUCUUCGCGGACGUCUACCGCCUCAACUCGUCUUUCGUCUUCCCCGGACGCGGUUGCCAUCCGGACUUUGCCGGCCUCGAUGAGGUGUACGUACACCUGCCGGAGGACAUGCUCCCAGUGCUCGCGACGAGUGUGAUGACCUGUCUUGCUGGCUGCGUCAAGUACGCGCAACACUUUAAAUCUGCGGACGCCAUUCGCUUCAUUCUCUUCAUUCUCGCGUGCUUCCGGCUGUACGGGUGGGGGAUCGAGGACAUGGCGAUCGACGCAGCCGACCUGAACACCCCCUCACAGGGCGAAGACGGACCCGCCAGAGAGCCGUCGUUCGUCCUCUCCUCCGCGAGUCUCUCCGAGGCUGCGGAGGCCGCGCGUCGAGAAGCCCGAGACGGCGAGAGUGACGGGAAGCGCGAGGGCGAGACAGAGGGAAGAGAAGGCGAGCAAACUGAAUCGGAAAGGCACGAGAAGGACGACAAACACCCAGACACACAGAAAACCGUCUCUGGAGUGAAUGACGCUCGGGGCGAGGCAAUCUUCGCAGCCCUCGCGCAUCUUCUCUUCCACCUCCCCCCGGAGGGGAAAAUGGAAUUUGUGAGACUCGCCGCCGAGUUCCCAGACAACCUCUUCGAGCGCCGCCUUGUGCGAAUGACCAAGUGGUUCAUCACGAAGACACUCCGACAGGCGCCUGCCGCGUACCGGAACGUGGACCGUCUCUGGCAUGGGGUAGCCCUCCUCGAGCUUCUGUAUCUCGCGAACAUGCGGCCUUGUUCUCACCGAGCCUACCUUCUUCCGUCGUCUCCACGUCUUUCAGCAACGAGCGAGACAGCCGACAACGCGAGCAAACCCAGGAAGCAUGUUUCUUCCUCGCUCUUUGCAGCUGGCGAGAGAGACGUACCCACCAAGGUGAAGAUCCCGGUGGAGAAAUUCCAUCUCGCAGCCGUCGGACAGCUCGUCGAUCCGAUUCGCGAAGUCGCCUUAUAUGCGGAUUUGAUUCAGCGCGCACGUGGGGCCUCGGCCGAGAGCGGUGGUCGCCGCACCCCGCAGGACUCGGAAGAAGCGCAGGGCGCGCGCGGCUCCGCGAGCGAGAAUGCAUGCGGAGGGCGAGAGGAAAGAGGAGAAGGGGAGGAUUCUCAAGAGAGACGCGAGGAGACAGAGGAGCGAAAAAAUGAAAAGGAGACGCAGGACACGCCGACGCUCCCACAGAGACGAAAAAGAGAAACGUGGUCCACAUUUGACGUGUACCAAGACGUGGUGUUCAGCACGGAACUGCAGAGUCGCUGGUGCUUUUUCAUGGCGCACAUGCAUCUGUGUCCGCUCGAGUUUAAACGCAAUGUUAUCCUGGUGGACAACAUUUACAAACAGCAUCACACAGGUUUGCAGUCUUUACUGGAGGCGCAACUACCCUUCCUGCUGCUCCGCGUACACCGCGGAGCUCUCCUGGACGACGCCGUGGAAGCUUUGCAAAAAGCAAACCCUAGGCAGUUACUGCGGCCGCUAAAAAUCGUUUUCGAAGGCGAAGAAGGUGUCGACGAGGGAGGCUUGAAACGCGAGUUUUUCUCGCUCUUGACGCCCGAGCUUCUGUCGCCAGAACGCGGCCUCUUCACCUACAAUCCCGCAGCCCGAACUUACUGGUUUUCCAAUCUCUCGCCUGAGGACGUUACCGCGAAGGAAAAGUAUUACUGGCUGAUUGGCGCACUCGCGUCCAUGGCCAUCUACAACGAUAUGAUCAUGCCUCUCGCCUUUCCUCUCGUCCUCUACAACAUGCUGCAAGGGCGCCGUGUUACCCUCGAGGACUUGGGGGAUGUGUUUCCGGAAGAGAUGAACAGCUUCGAAAAGAUGCUCACGAUGGACAAGAGAGACGAAUUCGAAGCGGCGUUCAGCACUCAGACAUUUGCGGUGGACCUUGUAAGAGAUGGGAAAGUCGUCGGCGAAGCUUCGCUGAUGGAAGGUGGAGAGUCCAUUCCUGUCACCAUGGAAAACCGAGGUCUCUUUGUCUCCAAAUACACUCACUACCUCCUGGUUGAUUCCGUCAAACAGCAAUACGAUGCGUUUGAAAGAGGUUUCUUGCUUUGCUCCUCUCCCCUCGUCUCCCAACUAAGUGGACGGGAAUUGCAACUCCUGAUUUGCGGCACGCCUGAACUCGACUUUCGUCAGCUUCGCGAGUCUGCCAAACUGGAGGGUUUCGAGGCAGAUGAUCCGUACAUCGAAUCCUUUUGGAAAAUAGUAUUGUCUUUCGACAUUUUCCAGAAACAAAAGUUCCUUAAAUUUGUCACAGGAAGCGAUCGAUCGCCCGCCUUCGGUUUAAAGGAAAUUCGAAUGACCUUGCAAAAGAACGGAGGCGAACCCACAGAACGCCUUCCGACUGCAUACACGUGUUUCAAUGUCCUCCUUCUUCCGCGCUACGCCUCCAGUGAAAAAUUGCAGCUUCUGCUCCUGCGUGCCAUCGACGAAAGCGAAGGCUUCGGCCUCCAGUAA